CACCUCCCAAAUCGACGCGGGGUAAGGAACAGCCAGCAACGGUCUCAAAAAAACGGCAACGCAAGAAUUCUCGUCCGUGCAGUCGCAGCAUGUUAGCACCCGCAGAGACAGGCAUGUGGGAGACGCCCCAACCACUCCGGCUGCCACGGGAGAACCAAGGACCACAGCCACCUCGGCACCGUCCUGCACGCAAGCGGGCGCGGGCGACUGGGCGGCGCCGCGUGCGAGCCACGCAGGAGGGUGGACGAUCACGGUCGAGGUUCCCCCAACGCAGGAGAGAGAACAGGAAGGAGAAGGACGGGCAGGAGGAGAAGGAGGAGGAGGAGGAGGAGGAAGAGGAGGAGGAGGAAGAGGAGGGAGCGGCCCAUCCCUGGGCGGUGGCACACCUGAGCGUCUUCCUGCACUGCGUGGCGCUCGGGCGUGUCAACGCCAAGGGGCGGAGCUCCCCUCCCGACGGGUUUUCGGUGGCGGUGGUCCCUGCUUCUCCGCUGACGCUGUGGCCGGUCCACCCUGGGAGGUACAAACGGAACCUCGGGCGGAGAAGUCCUGGUGAUACAGGACGGCCAGCGACCCCAGCCCCACAGCUGGAUGGCCCUGAGGUUGUCGACCGCGGCUCCCCGAGAGGCCGAGACUGCGAGACGGCGCCGUGAAACCGAUAAGAGCGUCAUCCCUCGGAGGCCUGGGGCCGUUCCGCGCCACCACGUCGCGCGCGCCGACAGGGCGCGUGCGGGCUAGCGUGAGCUCUGCUAGGUGGCGACAUCCGAACCCUAGCCCCAGAAUUACUGGACUCUCUUAAGUCGAGGGAGCUGCCUGAAUCGUGGAUCGGCGAGGAAAGGGUUCGGAUUUUGCCGCCGAUCUGCUGUUGAAAAACGGGCGGGGCCCGCAGCAGGACCGCCUCCCCUUUCCCGAGGGGCCGAGGGCGGACAGUGAUCCAGCAAGGCCCCUGCUAGGGAACAAGAGGUCGCCCGCCCAGAGGGCCGAGGGCGUGCUAAGAUCUCCCGCAAGGGGUUCCGAGUACUUGUAUAUUCCCGAACUCGGUGGCCCUCCAGGCGGAGGGAGAGUGUGUGUGGAAAGGGGGGAAAGGUGUGUGGUGAG